AUGCCUGUAACUUCAGCAACCGAGCGUUCUUCCAGACUGUUUGCUGUCAGCAACGAGAUCCUCAAGAGCAAGACCAUGAUGCUUCGCUCCACUCCCUGGUUCCUGCUCCGGCUUCUGAGCUACCAAACCAUGGCGUCAAGCAGCUGCCUCGAGCUCGAGAGGACGGCGCUCCUUGCCUUCAAGGCCGGCCUCAACACCACCCAACGCCGCCUAGCCUCGUGGCAAGGCCUAGACUGCUGCACAUGGAACGGAGUCAGCUGCGACGACGCUGGCCAUGUCGUGGAGCUCGACCUUCGGAACCCCUACGACAACCGAAGCAGGUGGGCGUUGGGUGGUGAGAUCGAUCCAUCCUUGCUUGCUUUAAGCCGUUUGAAACACUUGGAUCUCAGCAUGAAUGGUUUUGGCGGAAUCCCCAUCCCAGAGUUCAUUGGUUCUUUCACAAGACUAGAGUACCUUAACCUCUCUGGAGCUGCUUUCGGUGGACUCGGUACCCCCGGCCUCACCUUGGCAACCUCUCCAGCAUCCGCUAUCUUGAUCUCUGUGCUGCCUUCUCUUAUUACAAGAGCCGUACGUGUUGAUAACCUUCACUGGCUCACCCGUCUCUCUUCUCUGAAGCACCUCGACCUGAGAUCGGUGAACCUUUCUACUGCAGCGGAUUGGCUGCAGGCAGCCAAUAUGCUGCCUUCUCUGACAGUGCUGCCUCUUACAACACUCGAUCUUCUCGAUAACAACUUCAACUCUACCUUACCCAAUUGGCUGUGGAAUCUCAGCAGCCUUACCUAUCUCGAUCUUUCGAGCAAUGGAUUCCAUGGUCCAAUUUCUGAAUCACUUGGAACCUUGACCUGGCUUCAAGUUCUAGCACUAGGAUACAACGGCCUCGAGGGUGCGCUGCCGAGAUCGAUCAAAAACCUCUGCAGCUUGAAUACUCUACGCUUGUCAAGGAAUGGUCUUGGUGGAGAAAUUGCAGAAAUAGUGCCAAGAUGCAUGUGGAGCAGCCUGAGAUCCCUGGACUUGUGGGGUAAUAAGCUAAGAGGGAAUUUGACCGGCUGGCUUGAGAAUCUGACCAGUCUCAGUUUUCUUGAUCUCAGCAAAAACUCACUUGAUGGCCCCAUACCUUCAGGGAUUGGGAAGCUCUCUAGCCUGACUUACCUAGAUCUAAGUUAUAACUCCUUUGAAGGUAUUGUAUCUGAACCUCACUUUGCCAACCUUACUGGAUUAAAAUUACUAAUAUUGUCCUUGAACUCCUUGAUCUUGGAGGUAGACCCAAGCUGGGUCCCUCCUUUUCAACUCCAAAUUGUUGGAUUUCGUUCUUGUCGGUUGGGCCCCAAAUUUCCGGCAUGGCUUCAAUCUCAGAUGAGCAUCAGGACACUUGAUUUGUCCAACACAAGCAUUGCAGAUGCAGUGCCUGACUGGUUUUGGAAUUCAUCUUCUUUGUCAUUAACUGUUCUUGACCUAUCCAAUAAUCAGAUAACUGGAAACUUGCCAUUAACCUUGGAGCUCAUGACAGACUUGUAUCUUUUGGAGUUGAGCUCAAACCAAUUGGAGGGAGAACUCCCUCGAUGCUGGAAUGAGUACUCGCAGCUGUUGACUUUGGAUUUGGCCAAUAAUAACCUUUCUGGGGAAAUUCCUAGUUCGAUGGGUUCUUUAUCUAGACUUCAAUCCUUGCACCUAAACAAUAACAAUUUCUUUGGAGAACUUCCUUCAUCUUUGCAGCAGUGCAAUGGUUUAACUUUCCUUAAUCUUGCUCAAAAUAAAUUUUCCGGGAAUCUACCAGCAUGGAUAGGAGAAGGCUUGCAAGAUCUUGUAGUACUUCAGCUGCGAUCGAAUAUGUUUUCUGGCAACAUUCCUCCACAACUAGCAGAACUUAGCAAGCUUCAGAUCUUGGAUCUUGGACAUAAUAAUCUAUCAGGAUCCAUACCCCCAUCAUUUGGCAAUUUCAGUGCAAUGGCUUCAACAAUGCAGGGAUCUAUAAGUAGCUUUGAGUAUUGGACUUUUGCAAAUUAUGGCCUCUAUAGUUACAAUGAGAGCUUAUACAUAAUUACAAAGGGAGAAGAACAGGAGUAUUCCAAGAUCCUCUAUCUUGUGAAGAGUAUGGAUCUUUCAAGCAAUAGUCUAAGUGGAGAGAUUCCUGAAGAAAUAGGAAACCUUUUGGCAUUGAAUAAUCUAAAUCUGUCCAGAAAUCAUCUGACAGGGAAGAUUCCAGACAGAAUUGGUGGAUUGCAAUCAUUGGAGUCUCUUGACCUUUCAAUGAACGAGCUCUCUGGCACCAUUCCUCAAAGCAUCUCUAACUUGACUUCUUUAAGCCACCUGAAUAUGUCCUACAAUAACCUAUCAGGGAGAAUUCCAACAGGGUAUCAGCUCCAAACCUUGGAAGAUCCAUCCAUUUAUGUCGGCAAUCUCGAUCUCUGCAGGCCUCCAAUUUCAGAGAGUUGCUCCAGCAAUGAAACAGAUCAUGGCAACUAUGAGGAAUAUGAAGAUGAUGAUGAAAUGUUAUGGUUUUAUCUUAGCAUGGUAUUGGGAUUUGUUGUGGGGUUUUGGGUUGUCUUUGGUGUCCUGCUGCUCAAGAGCUCAUGGAGGAAUGCUUACUUCCAGAUGACCGACAACUGGUUCGAUAGACUCUAUGUCCCAGUGGCUAUAACAAUAGCUGGGUUGAAGAAAAGGAAUAUGGAGGAAAACCGAGCUGUUGGAGUUGGAAUCAGCAGAGGUGGAAGUUGAGUGUUUAGUAGUAAUUGACACUUCUAUUGUGUACACUUACAUUUCUAUAAAAUUUCUCCAGACUGCCAAUGCUGUAAAACCAUAUCAAGCCCCUUAUCAUUAAUAGUUACGCUGUAAAACCAUUUCACUAUGUAUGCGCAUAUAACUGGAUCAUACAUGGUCUAGCUUCAUCCUUUGGGUGACUGAGCUAAAAAGCCAACAUGGUGGGCAAAGAUUGCAAGUAGUUUAGUAUGCAGGAAGGAGGCUGCAGGCUACCUGAAUCUGUUAGGUGGGCAUCAAUUGCUUUUCCUUCGCUAUUGUUAAUUGAUGUGAGUAGCUUGAGCUUGUUCUGAAAGUGCAACUUGAUGUAACAAAACAAACUCUAAGUUGCUUAAAGGGACAGAGGGAAGACAAGCAUCUAAAGUUCAUAUCAGAUUAUGAAACCAUAAAUCGGAAACUCCUAUAUAUGAUGAAGAAGCAUGGGAGGAGAGGGAGAUGUCAUGGAUAUAUUACCAAGACCCUUGAAUAGAAAUCAUACAUUCAAAGUUUAUUUUAAGCUGAAUUGGAAAUGUUCCUGAUUAAUUAGUCUAACUUGGCAUACGAUAAGGCUUAAAAUUAAUGGGUUUGAAUGUCUAUAUCCACAUCAGAAAAAAAAACAAAUUUAAUAUUAAAUGACUUAUAUAAGCCAUUAGAAUUAAACUUAUAAAUUGGCAUAUGGGUGAUGUAUGUAUAUUGUUUCAAAUUAAAAGAGUAACAUGGACAUUGUGG